AUGUCUUUGCAAAUCAGAAAUCUUCGGACGCUACUUUUGACACCACCCCUCAGUUUGUCUUCUCAUGCUGGUGCUGUUAUGGGGAUCGAUCCAGGCUUCGCUCACGGAUGGAGCGCCAUUUCACGAAAUAGUGAAAGAUGUCGAUUAGGGCGUCUUAUCCGAGAUUACGGUGUUGCUGUUGUUGCCGUCGGGAAUGGAGUAGCUUCGAGGGAAACCGAAGUCCUUUUGAGUGAAUUGGCUUCUAAUGGUGAAAUCCAAAUGGUAAUUGUCGUGUACAUCGUUCCACUUUAUAGUGUUACGUUUCAGGAUACGGUGACAAAGAGACGAAGACUUAAUAGCGCAGAAAUUGCAGGAAUCUCUGAAGCCAACGCGUUCCAUUUCGUUUCUGUUAGUGAAGUUGGUGUUUCCAUUUGGAGCGUCACGCCUUCAGCUGAAAUCGAUUUACCGAAUUUGACUCCAAAUUUGAGAGGAGCUGUUGCUAUAGCCAGAAGAUUGAUUGUAAGGCUUUCAACGUAUAGAGAUCCAUUGUGUAUAGUAUUCUGCGUUUGGCCUCUAGGACCCUCUUGGCGAAUAUACGAAGGGUUAGAUCUCAACAGCGCUCCUUUCCAUCUAAUCAAGUCAAUCGCAGGAUUGGGGCCUUCUAGAGCUUCCGCUAUAAUUCAAUACAGGGAUGCUCAUGGUUGCUUUACUUCAAGAGAAGAUUUAAAAAAGGUCAAUGGAAUCGGAUCUCGAAUCUUCCAGCAAUGCGCUGGAUUUCUUCGGAUUCGGUCAGCUGGAGCCAAUCGGGACACGCUCGAUCAAAACAUCACUCUCCUUCACGAAGAUGUUGAUAUGGACGCGUCUCCCAGAAAACGCAGAAGGGCGUCCAAUUCAAAGCGAUUGAAUGAUUCGAGGAUUCACCUUCAAAACUCUGAUGGUGUGAAUCCUCUUGACAGCACGUGGAUCCAUCCUGAGCAAUACGACGCUGCUGAAAAACUAAUUCGAGCGAGUGGUGUUUCACUAUCAACGUUAAAUGAGAAUGAAUCCCGAAAAAGGAUACAAGCUCUUUGUCAAUCUGUUCCCACCAUCGUGCUUUUGACUGAAUUGGGGGUUGAUGAGCCAACGCUGAAGCUUAUUGUCGAUGGACUAACGAGUCCUGUCGGUUUUGUGGAUAUUCGGAGUCAUAUGGAGGCCCCCUUGUUCAGAAAUCGAGUUCUAGGUCUCGAUGAGAUCCACCCUGGGGACCGCUUGAAGGGACGUAUUACGAACAUCACAUCAUUUGGGGUUUUCGUCGAUAUUGGGAUUGGGAGGGAAGGAAUGAUUCAUCGCAAAUCUCUGCAGCACCAACUCGAACAAUUAUUGAUUGGACAGACAGUCGAUGUCAAGAUUAUUUCGAUUGAUCGUGACAGAGAAAAACCAAGAAUUUCUCUUCAAUUAAAUAAUGGACCAUAA